UUUCAAGACCCUUAAAACCACAUCAUACUCCAAAAACCAAACACAUUUUUCAAUUAGAAAAAAAAACCAUUUCUCAAAAAAAAAAUGAGCAUGAGAAAGGGAGGACAAAACAAGAACAAGUUCUUGAGAAUAAUCUCAACACCUUUUAGAGCCUUAAACAAGUUCUACGUGAGAAGCAUCACCGGUUGCGUAUCUCGGACUUACUAUUCUUCCUCGUUCUCUGAUCCUUUCUCAAGAAGCUGUAGCUCCUCUUCGGCCGCCUUCUCCUCCUCCGCAUCUUCCCGGAGAAGCACAUAUUUUGGAAUUGACGAUGAUUACAGCGAGCUAGUGAGAGCUGCGUCGGUUAGGAGUUUAGGGCACAAGAAUGAGAUCGACAUGUUUAUACAAGAGAAGCUGCAAGAAGAGAAGCAGAAGAAACUGAAGCAAGGAGGCUUGCCGAAAAGCUCAAGCGUAGGGAUGGCGAGAAUAGAUGAAGAGGAAGAAGCAGAGGAAGGAUCUGUGAAUCCGAAGAAGACGAAAAAAGUAUCUGAUCUUCUGUAUCCUCGUAGCAAAUCAUAUGGCCCUAAAUUUUAGGUUUUUUCUUUUAAGUUUGUGGUUUUUUUUUUUGAUUUUUUUAAUUUUCUUUAUUUUAAUAAGUUGUGGAUUGAUUACAAUAUUGUUUUAGUUCGAUUCUGCAACAAGAAAUAAUAAUAUUAGAAGUCGAUAUCUUUGCCGAAAAAAAUAUAUUGGAAGUUGGUAUAAA